UUUACAAGCAAGCAUUCAGCUAACAGCCGAGUCUCCGCGCUUAUGAGAGGAAAAUUCGUUUGAAAGCGUCAGUUUGCCGCAAAAAAAAAAUAUUUAUCAUACAGCAAGUCAAAGUCAGCAAAAAAACAGUUGAAACAAAGGAAUCCGAUAAGCAUGUCGUUUGAGUUGUGUGAAUAUUUGGUGCACUGUUUUCAAUAGCAUUCAUAAAAUUCGUUCAAUUUCAAUAACUGGAAGCUCGUAAAAGGAACGAACAAACAGAAAAAAAUCAACAACAACAACAAACGGAAAUUAUUUAAGUGUGAUUCGUUCGGUUCAAUCAAUCGGCAAGCGAAGCCAAAUUACGCGCGCCGAAAAUUCCGUCAGCGAAGAAUUUGGUUGAAACCUCCUUUAUAUAUAUUCAAUCCGAGAGUUCCGAAUGGUUAAUUUAAUGGCAACUAAAAUAAUUAUCAACGGCAAAAUCUACUGAAUGAACUGGUUCAGUGGUAAAUUAAUUGCGUUAACGUUAUAAAAGGCCCUUUGCCAAACUAUUUUAAGUAGAUUGCCUGCCAUCCGUUAAAUUUCAAUUUGCACAACAUCUCUUGUCUCGCAAAAGCAAAAGUAAAGAGCGCGCGCGUUCGUUCGUUUGCACAUUCGCUCGUUCACCCGGUCACAAACACCAAGUACCGGGCCUUAUUUAAUAUAGAGCGAGAGGUACGGUGUUGGUGUGGUUAUGUUCACGUUAAUAUAUGUAUAUAUAUAUAUAUAGUGGGGAAUGUGUAAAAGGCAUCAAAGGACAAAUUGAAUGAAAUUAUGUCGACUAUUCCAAGCAACACAGUUUUACUCUGUUUUAGCUGGUCAUUUGCCCACACUCGAUACAGCUACUAAAGACACGGACUGCAUUUAUUUACACAAUCGCUUCAACUUACGAUUUUCCCGAAUAGUACUUGAAUCUCGCUGUUGGCCGCUGCAAGUGAAAACGUUUAGUGUGGUAUUAAAACCGAAUUAAACAUAAUUAGAAUUGAAUUCGGUUCGUUUGAUAGGCGUUCAUUGAAAGACACUGCGUGUGUGUUGUAUGAAAGUGUAUGUGUGCGUACAUCGAUGUUACUUAACUUUAAUUAAAGACCAUCCAUUUUGUUGAAUUAACGAUCGUGAAAAUGUUUUAAAUUUUAAAGAAGAAAAAGAGCAAAAAAUAUAACGUGAAGUUUAGUUCGGUUAAAACGGGAUGACCAAAUUCAAAAAUUUCAACCACCAUCUGAAACUGUAGAAAGUUCCAUUGCAACAAAAACACCCGCUUUUUGUCGGUCUCACUCUCAUCAUUAUCUUUGCUUCGCUUCGCUUCGUGCUAUUUAUCAUCAUAACAGAACACUUUUCUCUAUCUUGGUUAGACUGUUUAAAUAAUAAAGUAGCCGAAGUCAAUUUGUAUUUUCUGCGCUGAAUACCUGAUUGAAGGCGCCGUACACAAACUUGUUCGGUUGAUUCGGUGACAAACUUGAAAGUUUUCCGCUGCUGAGCCACCAUACUGAGCAAAUGAACCGAGAGAUAAAGUUGGGUCGAGAGACAGAGUAACAAAAAAAAUAUAUAUAGAGAACAAAAUUAUGAAGUCGUGCUUUUUUUUAAAUUCCAUAGUUUAUAUCGCACCAGCCCGAGAGAAGCGCAAUUUUUGGACAUCGCACUGAAUUUCAAAUGGUUUUACAUUGAGUCCUGAGUGUGUGUAUGUGUGUACACAAAAUUAUAAACUCGCGCCACCGACCCACUUGCAUAUGCAAUUUGUUGGUGCUGUGAACAAAAAGAACAACACCAAAAACAUCGAAAAAUAACAAAAAACAACAGAGAACAGAACUAAAGUGAAUGAGCACGAUAGAUAAUAGAAUCAAAACGUAGCGACACAACAAACAACUAUCGUUUUUUUAUUCGGUUCGGUUCGGUUCGUUGUUUUUUUCCAUUCCUCGGAUUGUUAACAUGCAUAUCAUAUUCAACCGCCGUCAAAAAAUUAACCGCCGAGAAGUGACGAUGUCAUCGCUGCUUUUCUAUGCAAUCAUUUUACAAAUAUUUGCUGUACACGGAUUAAAUGCUCAAUUAUUGGCCGAAAAAAUUCCGUUGGGCGCAAUAUUCGAGCAAGGUACCGACGAAGUGCAAUCAGCAUUUAAAUUUGCAAUGCUAAAUCAUAAUUUGAAUGUAACAUCACGACGAUUUGAACUACAGGCGUAUGUGGAUGUAAUCAACACAGCCGAUGCAUUCAAAUUAUCACGACUAAUAUGCAACCAAUUUUCACGUGGCGUAUUUUCAAUGCUUGGAGCUGUUUCACCCGAAUCGUUUGAUACAUUACAUUCGUACAGUAAUACAUUCCAAAUGCCCUUCGUAACGCCUUGGUUUCCGGAAAAGGUAUUGACGCCAUCGUCUGGUUUCUUGGAUUUUGCAAUAAGUAUGCGGCCCGACUACCAUGAAGCAAUCAUCGACACCAUACGUCAUUAUGGAUGGGAGAAAAUCAUUUACCUUUACGAUAGUCACGACGGUUUGCUGCGAUUGCAACAAAUUUACCAAGGAUUACGGCCCGGCAACGAAACAUUCCAGGUGGAAACGGUGAAACGAAUCGCAAACGCAACCAAUGCCAUUGAUUUUUUGAGGACACUCGAAGAGCUGAAUCGUUGGUCCAAGAAGUUCAUUGUUUUAGAUUGUCCAACCGAUAUGGCCAAAGAUAUUGUAGUGUACCAUGUACGUGAUUUAUCACUUGGUCGCCGUACAUACCACUAUUUGCUUUCGGGUCUGGUGAUGGAUGACCGAUGGGAAUCCGAAAUAACUGAGUACGGUGCCAUUAAUAUAACUGGUUUUCGUAUUGUCGAUACCGAUCGUCGAAAUGUUCGUGAAUUUUUGGACGGUUGGAAGCGAUUGGAUCCGAGUACAUCGAUUGGUGCUGGCAAGGAAUCGAUUACGGCGCAAGCUGCAUUGAUGUAUGAUGCUGUUUUCGUGCUUGUCGAAGCAUUCAAUAAAUUGUUGAAAAAGAAACCCGACCAAUUUCGAAGCUACACGAUGCGACGCAGUAGUUCACAGCAUACCUACACCAAUUCAUCGUAUGGAAAUUUGAUUGCAAACGGACAAAAUAUCCGAGUGUUGGACUGUAAUACAGCCAAGGGUUGGAUCAAUCCGUGGGAACAUGGUGAUAAAAUAUCGAGAUAUUUGCGAAAGGUUGAAAUCGAAGGUCUUACCGGUGACAUACGCUUUAAUGAAGAUGGUCGUCGUACGAACUACACGCUAAACGUUGUGGAAAUGUCAUCAAAUAGUGAUAUGGUGAAAGUGGGCGAAUGGUCAGAUGUAUUUCGGUUCAGAGCCAUGUCGAAUCGUCAAGAUCGGGUAAUGCCUCGCAAUGAUUUCGAACGCAAUCGCACCUACAUAGUGACAACGAUUAUCGAAGAACCGUACAUUAUACCGAAAAAAGUGAAAUUCGAUCCAAACGAUCCAAGUAUCGAAGAGAAGGAUAAAUACGAAGGUUAUUGCAAAGAUCUAGCCGAUAUUUUGGCCAAACGACUCGGUAUCAAAUAUGCAUUGCGAAUUGUGAAAGACAGGAAGUAUGGCGCUAAAAAUGCUGAUGAAGUCGGCGGCUGGGAUGGAAUGGUUGGUGAACUGGAAGCGGAUAUCGCAAUUGCACCGAUGACCAUAACAGCCGAACGCGAACGAGUUAUCGAUUUCAGUAAACCGUUUAUGUCGCUGGGCAUUUCGAUUAUGAUUAAAAAACCAAUCAAACAGAAUCCGGGAGUAUUCAGCUUUUUGAAUCCACUAUCGCAGGAGAUUUGGAUGUGCGUGAUAUUCGCUUAUGUUGGCGUCAGCAUUGUGCUUUUCAUUGUUUCAAGAUUCUCACCACAGGAAUGGCGGAUCGUUCAAUUAAAUGGUGACGUGAGCCACAUAUCAGGUCAAGUGGCCACUCAGCCAGCUGUUAAUGAAUUUAGCAUAUCGAAUUCAUUUUGGUUUACAUUGGGUGCGUUUAUGCAGCAAGGUUGUGACAUAUCACCGCGCAGCGUGUCCGGCCGAAUUGUUGGCUCGGUAUGGUGGUUUUUUACGCUCAUCCUUAUUUCCUCGUAUACCGCCAAUUUGGCCGCAUUCUUAACCGUUGAACGUAUGGUAACGCCGAUCAAAUCAGCCAAAGAUCUUGCCUAUCAAACGGAGGUACAGUACGGAACACUCAUGUCAGGCUCAACAAUGGACUUUUUCAAUAAAUCACCGAUUGAUUUAUACGCCCACAUGUGGAAGUACAUGGCAUCUCGGCCCGAAAACUUUGUCAAUUCAUACGAAGAAGGUAUCCAACGUGUGCGUAAUUCCAAAGGAAAAUAUGCACUUCUCAUCGAAUCACCGAAAAAUGAUUACACCAACGUACGAAAACCAUGCGACACUAUGAAAGUGGGCCAAAAUUUGGACAGCAAAGGAUUUGGCGUUGGCACACCACUGGGCUCACCAUUAAGAGUGCCCAUAAAUUUGGCCAUACUGUCGUUGAUUGAAAGUGGCGAAUUAACGGAACUCUUCAAUAAAUGGUGGUUCGAAAAUACCGAAUGUGAUCCAACGGAGAAACAAGAAACGUCACGCAAUGAACUAUCGCUAAAAAAUGUGGCCGGUAUUUUCUUCAUUUUGAUCGGUGGCUUAAUUCUAUCGCUGGUCGUUGCACUGUUUGAAUUCAUACUGAACAAACGAAAUAACGAUAAAUUUGUGCAACAUCAUCAAACGCACACGCUCCAUCACAAUCAUCAGCAUCACCAUCAACAAGCAUCACAAACGUCACAACAAAUGCAAACGCAUUCCCAGCACAUGCAACACAAUAGCGAAGCACUCAAAACCAAGUUAACAAUGCAGCCGGGCUGUGAGUAUGACAACAAUGGCACAGCGUAUUACUCGGCCAGCACACAGUCAGCGGUGGCUCAUUUCGAUGGUGACAUGCAAAAUCCCCAGCAAAUUUGACAACAAACCCACGCGCACGACGCACGCAUUUUACAGCAGCAACGUCCAUCACCGAUCAUCGGCACAGGAAAUAGUACUAUACGUCGUUCGGUCUUAACGGCAACCAUCAAUCGCCAGCACCAACAUCAACAUCAAUUGCAUCCCGAAAUUGACACAUGAUAAACAUGAAGCGAAUAGCAGCAACAACAACAACAACAACAACAACAACAACAACAGCGAUAACAACACACAACGAUUCCAUUCGCAUGUUAUAUACCUCCGUAAAUAGCAGUGUGCGACUAUGUCAUUUGCUCAUAAAAUUGAGGACAUCAAAUGAAUCAUAUUCAACUCUUUCGAUUUACUAUGUAUAAAUACGAAUCAAUCGCAAACGCAUUUCCCUUUAGAACAUCCCUUACUCCUCUACUCCACCCGUGCUCCCGUCCCCGUCCCCAUUCGUACACGUUUAUCGAAAUAUUUGUACCGGAAUAUUUUCAAUGGUUAUUCUGAUUAAAAUCUCAAUGAUACUUAUAUAUGUGUGUGCAGUGUGCAAUGUGCAUGUGCCUAUGUGUAUGGGCAUUUGUCGAACAUUCCGUUCAGAUAUUGUGGCUUUUGAUCUCUCGAUGUGGCUGUUUGCAUUUAAGAUCGAUUCGCUUUGAGAACAUAGUUUUUGUUUAUCAUUAUCGAGGCCAGGUUCCCACAACCAAAUGCAUACGCAAGAUGAACAUACGCUUAUCAGUUUGCUCCCAUUAUUUCCGAAUCGGCCCGGCCCAUUGUAACAAUUACGGCCAAUUUUCCGAAAGCUCAUUUCAAUGAGCUUGGAUACUGUUCCCUUGAUGUUUAACCAUUGUAAUUGAAACCUCAUCACAUCCAGCAAAUACAUAAUAAUCGAUAAAUAUAUGUUCAUGGAUAGAUUUAUUCGAGAAUUCAAAUUGAUUUUACUUGACACUAAAAUUUCAAAGCAAACACACACGUACACGCAUACACACUCGGUUGUAUCCAGCAUAUCAUUUGACAAAGUCGUGCAUCGAUGCCAAAGUGAUGUGUGUACGAAUGGCGGGGAUUUAUUUUUUUUUUUCCUUUCUUUUUUUAUUUAAUCGAAUGUGAAUCGAAUCCGAUACGCUCUUAAAUCCGGAAAUAUUUUGCAAAUGAAUUUACGUAUUGUAGAUGUAGAAAAAAAAAACGAAAUAACAAUCAAAUGAGCAUACAUUUUCCAUAUACACUGCCAAAAUACAAGACAAAACAUAAAACGCACACAUUGCGAAAUGACGUGUAUCCUUAUCUUCAGAUAGGAAAACAAACAGAAAAAAAACUGAUUUACUAUUCGACGAUCGAAAUGGAUUGCGGAGAAGGUGUAACAAGCGACGAUUCGCAUUUCAUCUCACACUUAAUAUGGUUAGUCUACACAGUAAACACAAUGAUUCUAGCAAUGUUGAGAUUUGACACUUAACUUUGUUUUAGUACCAUUUGCUCUAGAAAAAGUUCAAAAGUUCUAUAAUAAAUACAUGAAGCUUUGAUUUGUGAUUUAGUACAUUUUACACUUUUUCUAGUACAAAUGGUACUUAAAUAGAUUUCAGUGCCAAAUUUCAUAUUGCGCUUCUAAAAGUUAGAACCAUCGUGUUUACUAUGUACAGUCAAUCCGAUAACUAAGAUUCUAAUAGAUAGAUUUAAUUCAGAGUGGUGACAAGUUAAGCAAAGGACGACCGAAAUAAAAGAAGAGGAAAUAAAAUACUAGCCAAAUCAGGCUAGUAAAUCAUGCGUGUCACAACAACUUGGAAGAGUGUGAGACACUUUUUUCCACAUUGCAAAUGUGACAAAUGCAAGAGCACAAGUUAGUAGCAAAACAACUAUAUAAUGGAUUAGAAUGUAAAUAAUGGUAAUCAUCGUCGUGGUGGGAGGUUUUCUUUUUGUAUAUGAAUGAGAAUAGACUGGACAAUUUAUUUUCAAUUGUUGGUAUAAUAUUAACACAAAAAAAAAAUGUUAUAUUGUUAGUUUUCAAAAUGAAAAAAAAAUGAAAAAACAAAACUGAAGUUAGUGAGAAACAGAUUGGAAACGGUGUGACCGAUUCGAUCGAUCAUUUCAUAAGGCUCUGAGUGAUUAGCAUAUAGGUUAAA